CUCUUUUAGUCUUUGCCAUAUACAAACAAUAAUUUACACACCUUCUCAUCAACUAAAAAUGUCCACUAAAUUACUAAUUUCUCUCCUCUCCAUAAUUCUCACUUCUUUCCUUCUCAACAGUUCAGCAGUAAGAGUCAAGAACACACCCAAAAGCUGCAAAAAUGAAAAUUUCAAGAAUCACAAAUUACCAGUGCCACUAGACUGUCAAAAACCACUGGUGGUUCCUCUACCACCAACACCAUUACUCCCAGCUCUCCAAACACAGCUCUUGAAAUUUCUUGAUCAAAGGCUGGCUGUAGUAUACCCCGUCAUCCAAAACUUCAAGUCCACCAUCACCUCUGAUCCUUUCGGCAUCACCAAGACAUGGGUGGGCUCAAAUAUAUGCACUUACAAAGGCUUCUUCUGUGAUAAUCCUCCUGAUAACAAGUCAGCUAUAUCUGUUGCUUCUAUAGACUUCAAUGGCUUCCAACUUUCUGCUCCUUCUCUUAAUGGGUUUCUUGAUCAGCUUCCUGAUAUUGCUCUCUUUCAUGCAAAUUCCAAUUUCUUUUCCGGUACCAUCUCUCCCAAUAUCUCUAACCUAAUCUAUCUCUAUGAGCUUGACAUUAGUAACAACCUUUUUACAGGUCCGUUCCCCACAGCUAUUCUUGGUAUGAACGGAUUAACAUUCUUGGAUAUUAGGUUUAAUUUCUUUUCUGGUUCAAUUCCACCUCAAUUAUUUGCUCAAGAACUCGAUGCUCUGUUUCUCAACAACAACAAUUUCAUGACAAGCUUACCUGAAAAUAUAGAAAACACCCAUAUUCUUUAUCUAACCUUAGCCAACAACAAAUUCACGGGUCCAAUACCAAGAUCCAUUUUCAAGGCGUUUGUUUCCUUAACUGAGGUGUUACUUUUAAAUAAUAAGCUAACCGGUUGUUUACCUUAUGAGAUUGGUCUUUUAAAAGAGGCUAUAGUGUUUGAUGCAGGUAAUAAUCAGUUAAAUGGUCCGUUACCGUUAGCAUUGGCUUGUUUAGAGAAGGUGGAGCAGCUUAAUUUUGCUGGAAAUUUGUUGUCUGGUAUGGUGCCGGAGUUGGUCUGUAAGCUUGGAAAUUUGGUUAACUUAUCUUUGUCUGAUAAUUAUUUUAUUACAGUUGGACCUUGGUGUAGGGUUUUGAUUGCAGAAGGGGUUCUUGAUGUAAGAAACAAUUGUAUUCCUGAUCUUCCGUUUCAAAGAUCGGUAAUGGAAUGCGCAGAAUUCUAUGCACAACCCAAGUUUUGUCCUGGGAUGUGGUCUUACAGUUAUAUUCCUUGUAAGCCUUCUUUCAGCUUAAUGAUUCCUGAAAUGGCUCCUUCACCUUGACCCCUGCAUACUGUUAUAUACAUAAUUAAAAUUCUUAUGCUCUGAUUUGAAUUUUGUAAUGUUUCUCAAGAUAUUGUUUGCAUAACUUUUGACUCAA